AUGCCUCGCAAGGGUAAGGCAUACAACAAGCGUACCGACAAGAAGAACACAGCAUCUAUUAUCCCUUCCGGCUCUACGUCUGCUACGACCAAGGAAACUCAGAAGAAGUCCGUUUCGGAAACCACAACUCCGACUCUAGUUCCAGCUCCAGCUUCAACUACAGAGACUAAGAAGCGCAAGGCAACCGACGUCAGUAGUUCGCCACCAAAGUCGACACGCAAGAAGCGUUCCAAGGUCGCGAAGCCAGUUCAGAGUGAUCCGACCCCCAUUCCGACACCCGCUCAGGAAGGUCCAUCUUCAGUGACGAAACGGUCAAGAGGCGAAGGAGGCCUGAAAAGCGAUAUGGCAAAGAACACUAAAUCCGUUCCUGCCGAAGCAAUGCCUGAAAGUUCUCGCAGGAGGAGUUCGAGGAAGCUGAGGGAUGACUCGGAUCUUUCCUUUGGUGCAGGUGGUGACAAGAGUGCGGCGGAGCUGGCGGAGGAGUAUGAGCACGAAUCCGACCACGACGAGGAUGAGGACGAUGAUGAUGAUGAUGAGGAGGAGCACGAUGAGGAAGGGUCCGAUGAUGAGGAGAUGGGGGAGGGAGAUUAUGAGGAUGAGGAUGAGGAUGACGAAGACGAGGACGAGGACGAUAUCGGGGAUUUCAGUGGACGCUUCGCGGAUCCGGCAUCGUUGUUCGGUGGUGGGAGUAUUGCGUCUUCGUUGAGGGCUAUGGCAGGGAUGAUGUCCUCCAUGUCCGGUCGCCUCAAGAACAUCCUGGCAAACCUGAAGAUGCACGAUGACUCAUCCUCGCAACUCAUGGCACUUCAAGAACUCGCGGAGGUUCUGGCUGUGUCGACGGAAGAUACGUUGGCUGGAUACUUUUCGCCGGAUCAGUUCGUGAAGGAGUUGGUGCAGGUUAUGAAAGGGAGUCAGAGUCCGUUUGAGGAGGACAAUCCGGAGAUGAUGUUACUCGCGUGUCGUUGUUUGGCGAAUAUGAUGGAGGCCCUUCCUGGGUCUGUCAAUAACGUCGUUUACGGCGGUGCCGUGCCCGUCCUUUGCCAGAAAUUGCUGGAGAUUCAGUAUAUCGAUUUGGCUGAACAGUCUUUGACCACGCUUGAGAAGAUCUCGGUUGAGUACCCGACGAGUAUUGUUAGGGAGGGUGGGUUGACGGCAUGUUUAACGUACCUUGAUUUCUUUCCGACGAAUGUACAGAGGACCGCCGUCACUACCGCCGCGAACUGCUGUCGUUCCAUCCCCGUUGACUGUUUUGGUACUGUGAGGGACGUGAUGCCAAUCUUGCAGAACGUCGUCACGAGCAGUGAUCAGAGAGUCGUUGAGCAGGGAUGUCUCUGCGUCACGCGCAUCGUGGAGUCAUUCAGGCAUUACCCCGAUAAACUGGAAGAGUUGAUCUCCGUCGACAUGUUAAAGACGAUCAUUACCCUCCUGGGCCCCGUCUUCGCCAACAUCGUCGGCGCCAGCAUCAGGACAAAAUUUCUCCGUUUGCUGAGUAUUGUGGCGAAAGCUUCUCCAUCCCUCACCGUCGCGAUGUUCAAGGCGAAUAUUGUGGAGACGGUGUAUCAGGCCCUCACUGGGGUGUCACCGAACGAGAAUGAGGAGGAUAGGAAGAAUAAUAGUAUCAUGGUUAUGCAGGCUCUCAUCCACUCGAGCAAGGAGCAGGUUUAUGAGACGUUGAAUGUUAUCGGGGAACUAUUGCCUGGGAUUCCGAAGAAAGAGAAGGAGGAGGAUAAGGAGAAGGAGGGUGAGGGUGAUACGCCGGCGAGGAAGUCGAAGGCUGCGGUGGAGAAUCGUUUGGCGAUGCUGAAGGGGUGCAAACCUGAAGUCGCGCGUUUCGCAAAGAUUUUGUUGCCGACCUUGAUCGAUGUGUAUGCGAGCACUAUCAAUCUCAACGUUCGUCAGAAGGUGUUGACUGCGCUUUUGAAGAUGGCUGUAUGCCUUGAUGAGGAAGCGUUGGUUAACGCUAUGAAGGGCGUUCCCUUCUCCUCGUUCUUGGGUGGUGUUCUUUCGCAGCAAGAGACGCCUUCACUCAUGGUUCCGGCACUUCAGUUGGCAGAGCUGUUACUCGGUCGUUUGCCGAAGUUGUUUUGUUAUCACUUUUACCGCGAGGGUGUUUUGGCUGAGGUCGAGAAGAUCGGGGAGGCUGCGAGUAAGAAGGUCGCUGAGAAGCAGGCCAAGGACGCGGAAGUUGCUGCUGAGGAGGCAUCGCAGGCGAGUCAGGCAUCUUUGACGAGUGAGACUUCGGUAUCUACGGAUGCCAGUGCAGCCAGUGCGCAGUCCGCGUCUACGGUCAAGUCUUCUGCGAGACCGGGAAGUGCUACUGAUCUCGACGGUUGGGCAAAGAGGCACGCGGAGAAGUUCAUUAAUGCGUAUAAGUAUGCUGCGAAGAAGACAAAGGCUGAUGCGGACGCUGCGAGUUACAUGAUGGAGUUGACCGCUGUCGCUAGUAAGUUGAAGACCGCGGACAAGCAUGGAGCGUUGAAGGAGUUGGCUGCGUACUUCUCUGCUAACGAUGAUUCUAUUACGACUUUUGAGUUGCUGAAUUCGGGUGUUGUUGAUGCUUUGUUGGCGGCGUUGACGGAUGGCUCGGAGGUGGAGAAUGCGAAUGCUCAAAGGGCUUUCUUGAGUGCCUUCAAGGGUGACAACUUAGUUGUCAGGAACCCUGUCUCUCCCUUUGUCGUCAUUGUCCAGAAGUUGCAGGAGCUUCUGAGUCGUUCGGAGCGCUUUGAGGUCAUUACUGCUCACAGUGCGGCUUCUGAUGAUGGUCGUAGGAACUCGGCGUCUAUGUUGGCGAAGCAGCUUCGUUUGAAGAUUGCGGCUGCUGAACCCGAUACGGAGGAUAUCCCUCAGAGAUACCGUGAGUUCAUCGUGUCUAUCCCUGCUAUCGCUACGUUCAAGGCAGUGGACGAAUUCCUUCGUUCUCGCUUGGCUCUUAGCGAGCUGGCUAGGGGAGGUCGUGGUGAUGGUAUGCUCUCGAGUGCAUUGGCUGCCUUUGCCGCCGCAGCUGGACUCCGCGGCGAAGGUUCCUCUGCUGGGAACAAGGGUAAGCAGAUCGAGCAGAAGACUCCUUCCGCUGCCGAAGAGGCUCCCGCGAAGAAGGAGAAGAAGUCCGAGCUUGAGAAGCCUUUGGAGUGUGCUGAUGAGCAAGUCAUGUCUGACCCUGAUGAUAUGGACGAGAUCAUGGAUGAGGUUUUGGAUGAUCUCGAGGAUGAUAUGAUGCAGGACCAGAUCGAGGAGACUGUUAAUGUUGAAGUGAACAACAGCGGCAAGGCUACGGCUAAGACUGAGGACGGUAAGAAUAUAUCUACCCCUACCCGUACUCUGUCUCGCACUCCGGCGCCUCCGAAGAGGGAGUCAUCAACUCUUUCCGCUCAGAAGUCUCUUUCGUAUGCUGGGGCUCUUCAAACAGCGCCCAAAGAUUAUCACUUCGAGUUCAAGAUUGGUAAUGCAUUGGUGACGAACGGGACUACCAUAUUUGGUGCCGUCCACCAGCAUCACGUUCAGGCUCAGCCGAUUGCUGUACACGACGUCUUCUCCCAUGCCUACCAAGUGACCUGGAAGAAGGUCCCCGGUCCUGCUCCAGAGAACGUCGAGUUCGGCAUUGUCUGGCCCAAGAUUCCAGAGAGUGGCAUUCCUGCCUCUUUGGAGAAGGACCAUUUGUCAGCCUCUAUCUUGCGUCUGUUGAGUAUUUUAUUCUCUUUGAACACGAAUUGGCGAGCCUUGCUGGAGGGCGAAUCUGAGGGCACUGAGCAGUACACUACGUUGCCUCUGGAUCUCUUCACUAACUCUAAGCUCAUUGCUAAGAUGAACAGACAGUUGGAAGAGCCUCUCAUCAUCGCAAGUGCCUGCUUGCCGACAUGGACUUUGGAUCUGGCUGGUUUGUUCCCGUUCUUGUUCCCCUUUGAGACAAGGUACCUCUUCCUCCAGUCUACAUCAUUCGGGUACUCUCGAUCAAUGGCUCGCUGGCAGGGUCCCCAGCGUAGUGGAACCCGCAGCGACCGUGAUGAUCCCCGCACGUACCUAGGCCAGCCUCAGCGUGCAAAGGUCCGUAUUUCUCGUGCUCAUUUGUUCGAAUCCGUCAAGAAGGUUAUGGAGCUUUAUGGCUCGUCCCCUUCCGUACUUGAGGUCGAAUACUUCGAUGAGGUAGGAACUGGUCUUGGUCCUACUUUGGAGUUUUACACCAGCGGAUCCAGGGAAUUCUGCAAGAAGUCUCUGGGCUUGUGGCGCGAAAAUGACUCGGACCCGCAGAGCGAGUAUGCCUUUGGGACAAACGGGCUGUUCCCUGUGCCGAUGAGUGAGUCUGAGUUGUCGAGUAGCAAGGGAAAGAACAUCCUUGCGCAUUUCAAGAUCCUAGGUACAUUCGUGGCUAGGAGCAUGCUUGAUUCGCGCAUGAUCGACGUUUCCUUCAACCCGGCCUUCUUCAGGGUAUCUGAUGAACAGGGUGCUGGCAUGGUGAACAUUGCUGCCAUUCAGGAGGUUGACAAGAACCUAGCUCAGUCCAUGCGGUUGGUCAACAAAUUUGUUCACGUCCGCAACAAGGUUAUGCACGAUCAGUCUCUGAAUGCAGGCGAAAAGAGACAAGCUUUAGCGGCUAUCACUGUAGACCAAGUCUCUAUCGACGACCUAGCAUUGGACUUCACUCUUCCAGGGUACCCCAUGUUCGAGCUCAUCGAGAACGGUGCUUCCGUAGCUGUCGACAUCAAUGACGUCGGCGAGUAUGUCGAACGCGUUGUCGAUUGUACUGUUGGCAGUGGCGUUAGGCAGCAAGUGAAGGCCUUCAGGGAAGGCUUCUCCGCGGUCUUCCCAUACGAGGCUCUGAAGUCCUUCUCUGCCGAGGAGUUGGUAAUGUUGUUUGGUCAGACCGAGGAGGAUUGGUCUGUUGAGACCUUGUCAGAUUCGAUCAAGGCCGAUCAUGGGUUCAACCUGGAUUCCAGGACGAUCAUCGAUCUCUUGUCUGUUCUCAGCAGCUUCACAUUGUCCGAGCGUCGUGACUUUUUGCAGUUUAUCACAGGUAGCCCCAAGCUACCUAUUGGUGGGUUCAAGGCGUUGACACCCCCGUUCACCAUUGUCUGCAAGCCUCACGAUCCACCGCUUACAGCUGAUGAUUACUUGCCGUCUGUUAUGACUUGUGUCAACUAUCUCAAGCUGCCCGAUUACUCGAAUGCCGAUGUGUUGCGGGAGAAGCUCAUGGUUGCGAUGAAGGAAGGUCAGGGUAGUUUCCAUCUGUCAUAA